ACUAAAAAGAUUUCAAUCACUAAUAUAAGACCUAAACAUCUUAUUGAGAUUCAAAAGUUUCCUUUUUCUAUUCAAAAACUUAUUUCAGAAGAAGUGCAUGUGGUUUCAAAAAAAUUGCAAGAAGGAAAGAAGAUGCCUAGCCUUAAAACAGCUAAAU